UUUGCCAGUGACUGUCGUUUAUUUUUGCAAUUAUGAACGGAGUCGUGAGGAGAGGUGCUUUAAUCGUGUUAGAAGGGUGUGACAGAUGUGGGAAGUCUACUCAGGCACGGAAACUGGUUGAUACACUUGUAGCUGGCGGGACACCGGCAGAACUUUGGCGAUUUCCAGAACGCAGUUCGUCUAUCGGACAACUAAUUGGUUCAUAUUUGGAGAAAAAGUCCGAGGUAGAAGACCAUGCCAUACACCUUCUAUUCUCUGCGAACAGAUGGGAAAGCGUCCCUAGAAUGCGGAAACUACUUCAAGAUGGCACAACAGUAGUUGUGGAUCGGUAUGCAUAUUCCGGUGUUGCUUUCACCGCGGCGAAAGAAGGUUUCGAUAUCGAAUGGUGCAAGCAACCUGACCGCGGACUGCCGGAGCCUGACCUUGUGUUGUAUCUCACCAUAGGCGCAGAAGACGCGGCCAAAAGAGCAGACUUUGGAGGGGAACGUUACGAACAAACAGAUUUUCAGAAACGAGUAGCUGACAUGUAUGGAUUGCUACGAGAAGAUCGAUGGGAAACACUCGAUGCUAGCCAAAGUAUAAAAGACUUGCAUGAUCAGAUUGCAAAAUUGACUAGAGACAUUAUUACUAGAGUGGAGAAUAAACCAAUCAACAAACUAUGGAUGUAAAUACCCCUAGUCGUCUGGCAAGGACCAGUCUAAGGUUCAUCACAUCGCCGGUUGUCUAUGAAUUAAAACCUGCUCAUUAUACAAUAAUUGUAACUUUAUCAUUAUAAAUAACUUGAAAGCAGAAAAUGUAACUUUUAAUACCUUUUCAGCCUAAAGAUAAAUUGUAAACCAUUUACUUAAUAUUUUAAGAAUAUUCACUGCCACUGAGUUUUAUCAAUAUUUUACAUAGUUGAUCAAAAGACUUGGUUGGCAUGCCAACAUGUGUGCUGACAUUCUUUAAUUACUUGAGGCCAUUCACGCACAUUCAAUUGAAGUGUCAUAGUCAACCCUUUUUUGAAUUUGGCGACACUUAUUCCCAUUUGUUGUAUACAUUGCAUGAGACCCACAUAGAACAUGUGGAUUGACUUGUGGUGCUUUAAAUAGUGGCAACAAAUUAAUUACCAAUUUUGAUUCAUCAGUGAUAGGUAGUGAUUUGAACACAAGUUGUCAACUUUAGUUUUUAACCAAAUAUUUUUCUUUGAAAAACUAUUUCUAUAAGAAUCCAUUACUUCUAGCUAUAUUUUUUCAAAUAAAUUCAUGGAAGUUUGACACAUAAAACAACUUUGUAAAAUUCAAGGAAAAGGGUUUACAUGGGUCAAUUGCUAUGAAAUACUUGUAUUUUAAUGCAAGUUCUUUGCUACAAGUGUUAACAAAAAGCCUGGAUAUGUGCGUGAUGAGACUCCCUCAAUUUCAAAGGGCCAAUCAGUUUCAAAUCACAAGAAGUGUUUUGGUGAGAACAAUGUAGCUUACUGUUUAUCUAUUUUGUUGUGUACAUGUAUAAAUUUCACUGAGAAUAUUUAAUAAGUUCCCACUAAUAAUCAGAUUUAUUAAACAUUUUUUCAUUACUAAUUUAUUUACUCAUAACAAAAGGAAGAUUUUAUCUUGUAUGAUUGUUGUCAUCAAAAUUGAAUACUCAGUGGGUGGGUAAUGAAUAAAAUACUCAACAUUAGACUACC